CGCGACGGUACUCCGCUACGAACCUACAGGCGCACACAAAACGAACUUUUGCACUCGAGUGUUCGUGUAUGUGCUGUGUAAGAUUAUGUGAUUUGUGAAUGAGUUCUUCAAUCAAAAUGAGCGUUAUUAUUAUUUUCGGAUUUUUUGUUGUGCUAGCAACGGCCCAUAAUAUAACCUACCUCGAGGUGCCACAAUACGGAGACCCUCGUCGAGAAGCCUACCUUGCAUGUCACUACAUGAAGGAUCGAGGGGAUCCCGACUUGCACUCUGUGAAGUGGUAUCGCGACAACAAUGAGAUAUUCAGAUAUACACCAGGACAACAGCCGUCAACUCGGACUUUCAACUCGUCAGCAGGGGGCAUGCCCCGCGGCUCAUGCGACGGCAACAAAUGCUCAAUCUACAUAGAACUGCCGAAGAGAUACAACACAAGAAUAUCUUUCACUUGCGAGGUCUCUACUGAGGGCCCAAGGUUCGCCGUCGUCAAUCAAACAAAGCAUCUGACAGUAGCUGUGACGCUGAAAGAAGACCCAAUCAUAACGGGGCUACCAGGAAGUGUGCAGUUCGGAGAAGACGUGCUUCUCAACUGCACAACCGGUUCAGCAAUGCCUCCUGCCAAUAUCAUCUGGAUGAUUGACGGCCGCCCUGAAAAGACUGAACAAUGGAUGAAUGACCACACCCAAGUGUCAGGCGCCGACAAUUACGGCCUACGUUCCAGCUGGAGAGCGCUGCAGUUUAAGGUGACAGUGGCCCGAGGCCUCAUCGGCCUUAGCUGCGAGGCCACCCAACCAACAAGGCCACCAUUCACCAGGUCUACGAAUGUGACACUUGUCGUCGCCAGAUCCCCACACUUGUCUAUGUUCACUGCUUCAGGUUCAAGCCCAGCGCCGCUUCUGACUGUAAUGGUAACAUUAUGUAUCUUUGUAGAUAUAUUUACAAAAUACAGUACCAUGAUUGAAAUGUAAUCGGCUGUGUUGUACUAGGGAAUGUCGGUACUGUAUAAAGUUAGUUAGAUCUAGGUGGAGUAUAAUUCCAUCCAUUUAUAUGUAUCAUGUUGUAUUAACCAUAUAAUUAACAUACUGGUUUAAAUAAAGCAAAAAGAUUAUUGUCUCGUUCAUGUAAUAAAGAUGGUAGUAGUAUUGAUUUAGACACGCUAAACAAAUCGCCUCACAUCAAACAACACAUUAUAAAACACCCUGAGAAUUUUAAUAAGGAGGAUGGUUUUAGACUAGCGCAAGCAUGGAAUCCCGUGGUCUCACUCUGCAGUCGAAAUACAUAUAAUAUAUACAAUACUCGUAUGUGUGUCGUGAAUUAGGAAAUCAAAGACCGAAACGAAGUAGACGCCACGUGGACAGAUUGAUUAUACCAUAACGCCCGCAAGGAAUUAGCAUUUCUAUUACCUUCUUUUUUAGAUUACUGCAUCACUGUAUCCAUAAUAUUUCACUAUUUAUUUUCAAUGUAAACCUAAUUGUCUUAUAUAGUAUGUCGCAGUUAAAUUGUCAAAGCCGUGAUAUUAUAAUUUCGCUAGUUGUAAGUAAACGGUAGAUUGUCAAUUGACUUCAUUUCUUACACUUUAACCUGGCCUUACAAUUAAGCCUGGUUUUAUUUACAUUGUAAUAUCACGGGUACGACAUAUACAUAAACAAAAUACUUGGGAAAAUUUCACCUUUCUUGUGUUCCUAUUUCAUAAAUACUCUUCUGUUUUAACUAGUUCUACUCAAGGUAAUUUAUCCAAAUUUAAACUUG